UGUUUGAUUUUCAGCUUAAGCCUUUCUUAUGUUUACCAGACAAUCCUACUGCCCAUUGAAUGACAGUCCUGAAAGAGGUUAACAAUUGAAUGGUAAAUUUACAGUUGGGAGUACCAUCAGAACAAGUGAUACAUUCUCUUAUCCUUUGCUUUUUAAAAAGUUACUUUCUAUGUUCUGUUGCAGAGUUUAUUGUAUUGAGGUUAUUGGGGACUGAAAAAAGGCACUGUUUCUAAUCAGCUUUGGAUGAAGAAGGGUAUAUACAUGAUCAUUUUUGGGAGAGUAAAUACGAGAGAGAGAAGGGGAGGGGGAGAGAGAGUGGAAGAAAGAAAGAGAAGAGGGGGGAUGCAGAGAUAUAUUGGAACAAAAUUUGUCAGAAAUUGUAUUUACAUUUAUCAAAAUCGUGUAGAAAUUCAGAUUCUACGUAUAACAAAUUUCCCACAAGAUAUGUUCUACCUUGUGAGAUUCCUGUUUUAAUCUUAAAGAACAUAUGUCUUCUGACAUCGUACCUUAAAGUGUCCUCUAACAUUCGGAGCUACAAUAACUUGAGCGAUUGGUUUGCAUCAGAAGUUGAUGUGACAUGUCUUUCUCCGAUUCCUUGAUACAAACACCCUUAGCCCAUAACCUAAAUGUCAGAAAUAACCAGGGCCUAUCAGAUACCCCCUUGCGAGAUCAGGGAAAUGGUAAACUGCUCUAUUAAAUGGGCCAUCGUGAAUAACCCCUAUCCUGCACACGUGCAUCAACCGAGAAAUCUGAAUGCAUCUUAUUGUAUUAGCCAGUGUUAUAAAUUUCAUAAAACAUCAUGCAUGCUUUGUAUUGCAGUGUAGCUUUGUGUGAAGUACCAUCAAGUUGAUCAUUCAAGAGGAAUUCAAAAUAUUUUCCGUUAAUCAUUUAGUUCUUUUUGUGUGGAUUAUAGUAGUAUGUGCUGUCAGCUUGCAAGUGUUUUUUUUUUACUGAUUUUGUUUUAAAAAGAAGACAUUUUGCUCAUUGUUGUGCUAUAUAUGCCUCUGGCCUUUUAAUGGAGAUGCUGAUGAUGUCAAAGGUCAUCAUGUAAUAAACUGACAAACCAGCUUCAUUGGAUCAGCAUCAGGUGCUAAAAUUUGAAUUGGAGAGAUGUUAACCCUAUUUGAUUAUUCUUCUUGAUAAAAAAUUGUAAUAAUAUUCUUUCAAUUCAUCACAUUGUUGACUCGGAUGAUGCCUUUUCCUCUUGCCAUGGAAACUUGCAGGCCUACCUGUAUGAUUAUGUUUCAUUCAUGCUGUGAUCAAAACAAGAAUGAGGUUGCAACAGCAGGAUUUAUAGUAAUCCACUUUGUGGAACCUAUUUUUUUUUCCUUUGGUAUACUUGUGCUCUGCAGGAGUGUCCAUCUUAUAUGUUUGAAAGAAAUCCAUGCUCAUCUCUCCCAGUUUUAUUUAAAAAAAACAUUUUUAUAAAAAUUGAAUUCUUCCCUUCCAAGAUCAAGUCUUCCUGACUUAUUUAACAGUAUAAAUUUACACAGAGAUCAGGAACUGCCACCUACCUCCAGAGAUGAACUGACUCCAAGGUAGCCAUCCCUUGUCUUAGCCCCAGGAAGAGGAUUCUUUCCUCCUCCCUGAAGACUGCCCAUCGGAUCAACUUCUGGAAAUACACUAUCAAAAUAAUACUCUAUUUAGAGAUUAAUAAGGCUUUGUCGGGGUAUACUUGGUAUUUUGAGAGAAGACAGUCAUGCUCUCAAGCUAUUGAUGAAACGGUGACCAUGACAGAAGGGAAGUUGGUGAUUUUCUGGUAAUUUUCUGGAUCGGUAUGGCAGCAGACCCCGGUGGUCAAGGGUUAUUUCCAUAAUAGUUCCAAUGGAUGCCUGGUCACGCAGGAUUACAGCUUUAACCUGAACUCUGGGAGUGGGUGAUUUUUGUGAAGUGUUGCGUUGCAUUUGUGAGGGAUGAAGCGUGUCGCUACUUAAAGUUGAGAUGAUGGAUGUAAUCCAGUUGUCAUGGUUACUGGUCAUGUGUACACAUAUAUGCUUCUUUGGAUGUCUGUGAAUUUGUCAUUUGAGGCUGGAGAAAUAUAAUUCAGGAAAACAAACAUCUGUUCAAUGAAUAGGAAUUUAUUAUUAUGAACAUUUUCCACUUGAGGGAACAUAGGAGAUGUUAAGAUGAACCAGAGACUCAAGAUUUGUUUUAAAUAUUUCCCGAAAAAGUUCUUCUAGUAAAGUUGUAUGCAAAAUAAUUGCAAAAGGAAUAUCUUUAAUUAUGACCUUCAGUAGUGGAGAAAAUAUUUUCAAGCAGGAGAUAAUCAGUAUUAUUACAAACACUAAAAUCUACGUAAUAGAUUGUGACCAAAGCUUGAUGAUUGCCAAAUGAAUGUACUUAAAAAAAUAAGUGAACUUUGCAGAGUGAAAUCUAAUAUUCUGGUUAGAAUUUCAUCAUCAGAUUCUUUGGCUUGUCAAUGAAUAAAUAGACACGGACUGUAUGAUCUGACUUUGUCAAAGAUUUAUCUGUUUUUCGGACAUCAUCAGUGGUUGAAAUUUAAUCUGAAGUCCCAAAACAAGCUCUGAAUGUCAAGUAGUUUUGAGUGGAGACAGCUAGUCAUUUUAUUUGCAUAAUUGUCUGGAGGAUAGUAGAGCCAUCAUCCAUCAUCCUCAUGGCUCGGUUUCACUUUAUAUUGAAGAUUGGUGAUAUUAAUCAUCCAAAGCAAUCAAGCUUGCUGGAGGAAUACUGACCAUGGUCCCAUAUAUCGCUAAUCAUGCUGGAGCUUUCCAAAUCACUAUUUAGGUGCAGAGGUGAAAUGAUGUAGAGUAGUGCGGUUCUUGACUCAUGCUAUCUAUGAAUUGAAUGACACAAUAUCUUUUAUGAUUGUGUUUGAUAUUAAUAAUGAGAGAAAAGUACCCAGAGAAUGAGUGACUAAUAUGAAACUUUUUUUGUAGACUUGCAGCCCAUCUCUCUUUUCAUACUCUGUCCACUUCGAUGUAAAGCAUGGUGAAGAAGAUGCCUGUUGGUGAUUCAUGUUGCAUGCGAUCAUGAAGCCUUUCUAAACAUUAUCAGGAUUUACUUUUAAACCGCAAAACAUUGGUGCGAUGACAAGUGCAAAACUGAGAGGCGUAAGAUACAUUCAGCCAAAACCACAUUGUUAAGGAAUAAAAAAAAAGACAUUCAGAGAUAUUCAUGUUCAGUAUGAAGGAGGAAGUCCCACGAUUGACGUCUUGACGACACAGAAGUGGUGACAAAAGUUUGGAGGUGAUAUUGUGCAAAUGAUCCAAGUCCCAAGGGUCCCGUGGAUGACGUUCACACCUAUAUGUUAAGUACAGCAGCGGAACAAGAUGUGAUCAAAAUUCUAAACUUAGUUCCAGGGGAAAAUUCUAAAGGAACACGUUUCUGAGCAUUUAUUUAGUAUGGGAAAUGCUGAAUAUACAGUGUAGAAAGAGGGCUGUAGAAAAGAUACGUAUGUGAUAUAAACAAAACAUUUGGUGAUUCUUAAAUAUUUGCAAGAAAUGCCUGCAAUACCGUAUAUGCCAAAUGAAUGACUCACAGCAAUUGCUAUUCAUGGAUCUAUCAUUAAGUAAUCCAAUUAAAGGAUUUAUUAAUGAAGUUUAUUAAUAGUCUGUGUCAUUCUCAAAACACAUGAAUGUUGUCAUUGUACAACAUGUUUUGAAUUAGAAGGGAAAAAAGGUGUCUAUUUUAAAGCAGCUUUUCAAUCUUGAGACGUCAGCUCGAUUAUGAAGAGAAAACCAUAAAAAGCUUAUUUUUUUUUCAAAUUACAAAGUAACCCCCCCCUAAAGGUGGAUAAUACCUUUGCAAGGGGUUACAUUUUUUGUCAGCAUUGUCAUCGGACCCUUGUCCUUGCGUUGAUCUGUUAAUCAUGCAGAUUCUGACUGCUAUGUCCUGCAAUGAGCAUUAGAAUCCUUGUGGAUUCCUUGGACAAUCACACAAAGACAGGAUAUUACUUAAACCUCUAUGAGUUUUUCAAGAGGGUCUAAUAUACUAUUAAUCCUUGCUUUCUGACUAACGGCGAUGAUUGUUCUUUGUGAAUACUUGUAGAAAAGUGUUUGUAGGUAUCGUUUUCCUGAAGAUCAUUGUGAUUGCUGGAUUAAAUUUCUCAGUUUAUGAAGAUCUCUCUCGUUGACUUUGGCAACAUAUUAGAUUUUUUCACCUGAAAGAAUAGAUUUGAAUGUUUGAGUGCUCACCUAUCUUCACUUAUGCAGUUUCCUAUAAAAUGAGACUCUUUCUCAUUCAAAAUGGAACGAAUGUUAUUUAUUCCAUUAUGAGAGAUAUGUGUUGGAGGUUGGAUUUGACACUGAAAAUAUUACUGGACAUUACUUUAUUAUUUUACUGGAGGUUAUUUUAUAAACAUUAGUCUGCAAUGGCUUGAAUAGUAGGAUCAUCACCAUCAAUCAUGGAGGAAUUUUCUCACUUGUGGUCAAAUCCGUGAUAUUUUACUCAAUCAUGGUUGUUUGAUAACACUCACUGUGUCUUAUUGUCAAAUGUGGACAAACUGACAUUAAAAAAAUGGCUGGAACAUCAGGAACAACAUCAUCUUGGAACCAUUUUAUCCAACUUUUUGUCAAAAGAAGUUGAUUGCAUUUUUUCUCGUAACCAUGGUUCCUUUUGUAACUGCUAGUGUCUGCAUGGCGUAUGCCAUUUUUCUUGGCAUAUGGCUGUGGCUCUGUUUACUCAUGCGACAGUUGUGGGGCACUAACUCUGAUCUUGAGGUUCCAGACCCCUCUGAACUGAAGUGGCAAACCACGCCUCUGUCUCAUGGUACUCUGCCAGGAGAGGGCGUCCUAUAUUCUGACAAUUCUCAGGGGAGCAGACCCAUAAGUUUUGCUGCUCCUGCAGUAAGCCCAGUGGACUGGUCUGGAGGGAACUCUUUUAAUUCUGUCCACCCUCGGGAUCAAACUCCAGAUUCAGACAUGUCCACUAGAGGUGAUAGAUCAGUUACCAAGCUCCAAGAGAAGUACGGCAGUGAAAGACCUCUCUCGUUUGACUCAUCUGUCGACCGCCGAGCAGCCUAUGCAAACUCCCAGAGUCGCUCCCUUAAAAGUCUAGAUUCCAAUGCGAGCAACAGGCCGGGUAGGUACAGCCAGGAUCGCUCGGCAAGCGGGUCACAGCAUCCUCACAGGUCAUCAGGUGACUUCACCUCAAGAUCAGAUAGCUUUGGUGGUUAUCCAUUGGGCAGCGGAACGCAAGAUACCAAGCCGUCAUCACAUCAUCACCCAGCAAUGUCUCAUUUACGCACUGGAGCUGCAACAGAUGCUCAAUCUCCGGGCAGGCAUCGUGGUUUCCAAGACGAUCGGGGUAAAAUAACGGCCGAUCUGAAGCGCGGGAGCUCCGAGAGCGGGUACGGGAGUUUAGACAAGGAUAAGAUCAAGCGAGGAAAUUAUAUUGGAUCUACUUCUGGAGACUCGAACCCAGUGAAUGCUAUACGGGAUAAAUAUCUAGUCAAUCGACCAUUGUCAACAAGUAAUGGGGAUUCUUCUGCUUCUAGAACAGGCUCAUAUGGAUCACGUGCCAUAGCAACCCCUCCUACAUCUGUAAGUGAUAGCCUUGCUAGAGCUCUUCACAGCGGGUCUGAGUCGGAGGACUCCGAAUCGAGGGCUGCUCGCAUCGCGAGAUACAAGGAGCAACGCAGGCGGGAAUUAGCUGAAAAGUACGGUCUUGGUCCCUCAUCCAGCGAAGGAGAAUCGUCAUCGAGGCGACGGUUCUCCAGCCAACAGGAAGAAGCCUCUCCAACUUCUGAAAGAGCAAGAAAACUGUCUAAUGCCAGUGAAAGGAGUUCUAACUUGGAUACUAUCCCGUUGUCAAGGAGACACGCUAGCAGGGAAUCUCUGUCCAGUAUUACCGGUGAAGUGGAAUCUAUACAUACUAAUGGAAAUACCUCACAGGAUAAUUCACCAGCAACUACCCCAAGAUUAAGCCGGAAAGGCCGUAGGGAUUCUAACAUCUCCACGGAAACGCAGGAUUUUAUAGAUGCCCUGGAGGCGUCCCGUGCAGCACGUAGAGAAAGGUAACAGAUUGUAAUCAACUAACAUUCUCUAUAGAUCAUAUAUUUAUAUACAUAUACAUGUAUGCAUGAGAAAAGGAGGUCAAAACCCCCAUCAAGGUUUUCAAGCACAUCAAAAAAAUUGUUGCGUUGCCCUCAUCCGAUUGACCUGAAAAAUAUGAAAAAAACAGGGGUUCUUUUUUUGCAGACCCGUAAUAUACAAAUGCAAUGUUUUAGUGAGAAAAUGUCAGAUUUGGGCAAAAAAAAUUGCUCUAAUUUGUAUUCAAUGGCUUUAAAAAGCACUAGAAUAUGUGUUUUGACUGCACAUAAAUGAAUCAUCCCACCCAUGAUUUUCUUUAUGCAGUGCAGCAGUGACAAUA